GUGAGAUACGAGUAUCUGCCAUCUGCAUAGACGUCUGUUGAGCGACCUUUUCCUUGUAUAUUCGGCCCUAUUCGUUCACGGCUGAAUGAUCGAUUUUUGUCGCCAAAGCCCGGAAUUUCUCUUUUCGAGCCUGAUCCUGGUUGCGAUUCUAGCGUAAAGCUCACUUAUCUGCAGCCAUAGGAUGGCUAGGCACGGGGACACUCGCUCACCAUCACCUGCAGGCAGUUCAUAUUCCUCGUCGAAACGAAGCCGGAGAGAUGAGGAUCGAUAUGAUCGAAAUCACCGUCGCAAGCACUCAAGGUCCCGGAGCCCAGAGCGAAGGCGUCGCGACCGCGAAGGCUAUCGUCGAAGGGACCGUUCCGUAGACCGACGCUACGACAGUCGGCGCGAUGAAGACUAUCACUACUCAAGGCGAGACAGGUCUCGGGACCGCAGGCGCUCACGGGACAGAGAUGACCGACGGCGGAGCAGAGAACGAGAGGCACGUCCGCGAAGAAAUGACUCUCGUGACAGGGAGCGCCGACUAAGGGAUGAAUCUACGGAAUCAAGGAAACGUAAACGAGAAGACAGUCGAGAGCGGCACUCUCGUAAAGAAUCCAAGGAUGUGUCAAGAGAGCCAUCGAAGCCUUCCACGCCCACAGCACAGACUGACGACGACCGGAAAGCCGCUAGACUCGCCAAAUUAGAACAGUGGAAGAAGAAGCAGGCUGAAGAACAAGCCAAGAAGCAAAAGGAGCUUGAGGGGGCAGGUGGUAGAAAUCUCCUGAAUGAGAUUGAUAGACGAGCAGGGAUUUCUCCCGCAAUCAGUUCACCACAAUCACCAGCUACACCAGCCUCUCCCUUCACCCCCACCGUUCAGUAUGCGGGUAAGUUCGACCCAAAGGCGAUAGCGAAGAAAGCACAUCACGCCUCCGCAGCAAGCAAAGUCCUUGGCGGCGAUAUUGCUGCACCUGUCAUUGCCAAUGGGCACGUACCAUCGCCAGAUACUGCCCCCAAAUCUCCAGCAAAUGGUGUUGGUGUCUCGAAGUCCUUGAAGCCGAAAGGUAACAUGGGCAAGUUCGGGCUUGGUGUGAAAGCUGGGGUGGAGAAUGACAUGUCGAAAAAGGCGCUAGAUUUUGAGGAUGAAGAAGGCACCAAGAAGAAACUAGAAAAGCUGCCUAAUAUGACUCUGGAAGCGAACUCGGGGGACACCGACCCUCAAGUGGGCGAUAUCGCAGACGAGGACGACGAGGACGAAGACGCGGACAUGCAAGAUGAAGGCUCUGAAGAAAGGAUGGCUGCUGCCCGCGCGGCUGCUGAACUGCGAAGCCAAGCCGAGCGAGGCGAAGAUACAGCAAUGGUUGACGCUCCUGCCUCUGCCAGUGCUAAUGCUGCUGAUGCCCAAGCAGAAGCAGAAGAAGAAGAGGAGAUCGAUCCCCUCGACGCUUUCAUGCAGGACCUGCAGCCUGUUACGACCGCCAGAUCAUUUGCUCAGAAAUCAAAGUCCAAAUCGCGGCAGCAAGAGCCCGAAGCCCUUUUCGGAGACGAUGAGGUCGACCUUACCGCCGUUGACGAAGACAAUCCAGAUAGUAUUCUUUCACUGGCUUCAACUGCCGCCAAAAAGAAGAAGAAGGAAAUCCCAACUGUCAACCAUGCCAAAGUCCAGUACCAACCUUUCAGGCGCAACUUCUACUCUGAACCUGUUGAUAUGGCUGAUUGGAGCGAAGAAGAAGUUGCACGUCUCAGAAUGGAACUUGACAACAUCAAGGUCAGGGGAGUUGACGUACCCAAACCGGUGCAGAAGUGGGCACAAUGUGGCCUCGGUGUUCAGGUUCUCGAAGUCAUUCAAAAGCUAGGCUACGAUGCACCUACGAGUAUUCAGUCCCAAGCUAUCCCUGCGAUCAUGUCCGGUCGAGAUGUGAUCGGUGUUGCAAAGACUGGUUCGGGCAAAACAAUCGCCUUUCUUCUGCCGGUGUUCAGACAUAUCAAGGAUCAACGACCUCUGGAUGCCCUCGAUGGUCCCAUCGGUCUCGUUUUGAGUCCAACCAGAGAGCUUGCGACCCAAAUUCAUAAAGAGUGCAAACCUUUCCUCAAAGCUCUCGGUCUGCGUGCGGUUUGUGCGUAUGGUGGUGCCCCAAUCAAAGAUCAAAUUGCCGACUUGAAGCGUGGAGCUGAGAUUGUUGUCUGCACUCCUGGUCGGAUGAUCGAUCUCCUGGCUGCAAACAGUGGACGAGUAACAAACCUAAGGAGAGUUACUUAUGUCGUGCUUGAUGAAGCUGAUCGAAUGUUCGAUAUGGGUUUCGAGCCCCAGGUCAUGAAGAUCUUGGCUAAUAUACGACCUGAUCGCCAGACAGUGUUGUUCUCAGCUACGUUUCCUCGUCAGAUGGAAGCACUUGCAAGGAAGACGUUGAGCAAACCAAUCGAGAUCGUCGUGGGUGGCCGCAGCGUAGUCGCUCCGGAGAUCACUCAAGUUGUCGAAGUUCGCGAGGAAAACACAAAGUUUUUCCGACUUCUCGAGUUACUUGGCAAAUUGUACGAAGACGACAAGAAUGAAGAUGACAGAGUUCUCAUCUUCGUCGAUCGCCAGGAAUCCGCAGACGGUCUACUGAGGGAUCUGAUGAAGAAGGGCUACCCGUGCAUGUCUAUUCAUGGUGGAAAAGAUCAGAUCGAUCGAGACUCAACCAUUGAUGAUUUCAAAGCUGGCGUUGUACCCAUUCUUAUCGCAACCUCUGUUGCCGCCCGUGGUCUCGACGUCAAGCAAUUGAAACUUGUGGUCAACUACGAUGCCCCCAACCAUCUGGAAGAUUAUGUCCACCGAGCUGGCCGUACUGGCCGAGCCGGCAAUACGGGAACAGCGGUCACUUUCUUGACCGAAGAGCAGGACAGGUAUGCUGUGGACAUCGCGAAAGCAUUGAAACAGAGCGGUCAGCCUGUCCCCGAGCCCGUCCAAAAACUUGUUGAUAGUUUCAUGGAGAAGGUCAAAGCAGGAAAGGAGAAGGCUGGCGUAUCGGGCUUUGGUGGUAAAGGCCUCGAACGCCUCGACCAGGAACGUGACGCUGCCAAAGCUCGCGAACGCAAGACCUUCAAGACCGGCGAUGAAGGGGAGGAGCAAGAAGAAAAGGAGGAAGGCAGAGAGGUCAAGGUCGGCGACGACAUUUUUGCUAAAGCUGCUUCGGGCGUCAAGGCCCACGAUGCUGCUCCUCCUCCUUCGAGCAGCCUGCCCGGCGUGCCCAAGGGGAUCGACCUUGAUGGGAAAAUCACUGUCCACAGGACUGAACGAGAGCCAGCCGCCGGCGCCGCAGGGCCCAAGAACCAGAUGGACAGAGUGGCGGCUGCUGUUGCUGGCAUCAAUGAGAAAUUGUCCAAGGCCGGCGUCAUGCGCUCAGGUGUGCCUAUCGACAACAAGGGUCCGGAUGCCGGUGCGUUCCACGCCACAUUGGAGAUCAACGACUUUCCUCAAAAGGCACGUUGGGCCGUCACGAACCGGACGAACGUGGCCAAAAUACUCGAGUCAACCGGAACGUCCAUCACGACAAAGGGUUCGUUUUACGCCGCCGGCAAGGAACCUGGGCCCGGCGAGAACCCGAAACUCUACAUCUUGGUCGAAGGCGAUACGGAGGUUGUCGUGCACGAUGCAAUGAGGGAACUGAUGCGCUUGUUGAAGGAAGGCACCAUGAGUGCGGCCGACGCGGCAGAGAGAACUGGUGGUCGAUACUCUGUAGUUUAAGAAACUGUGUAUUCAAUGAGACACCUUUAUGUCCUCGA